AUGGAGCGCGGCGUCUUCUCCGUCGAGGAGAUCCCCGACCCCUUCUGGGGCCAGCCGUCGCCGCGCCCGGCGGGGGCGGCCGGAGGGGGCGGCGCGGAGGGCGCGAUGAACCGGUGCCCGUCCGAGUGGUACUUCCAGAAGUUCCUCGAGGAGGCCGUGCUCGACAGCCCCGCCGCCGACCCUGCCCCGAUGGCCGGUGCUAGCGGGGCCGGGGCCGCGCAGGUGAAGCAGACCGCCGCUGCCGCUGCCGCGGCGGCGCCGGCGGCGACGGGCGCGGUGGUGGACCCGGUGGAGUACAACGCCAUGCUCAAGCAGAAGCUGGAGAAGGACCUCGCCGCCGUCGCCAUGUGGAGGGCCUCUGGUGCCAUGCCUCCAGAACGUUUUGCAGCUAGUCCGUCAUUGCCAAAUGCAGAUGUUCAGCAUAUAGGCACUAUUAAUCCCAUAGGAGGCAAGGUGGUUCCAGUUCAAAACAAGCUAGCUGUUGGCGCAAGUGGGAUGUCGGGUCCGCAUCUGGUACAAAAUGCCGAUGCCCUUGUAAAGCAAGCCGCUAGCUCUUCUUCGCGGGAGCAGUCAGAAGAUGAUGAUAUGGAAGGAGAAGACGAGAUCACUGGGAAUGGGGUCCCUACUGAUCAAAGACUGCGGAGGAGGAAGCAAUCCAAUCGGGAAUCGGCCAGGCGUUCAAGAAGCAGAAAGGCAGCUCACCUGAAUGAGCUAGAAGCACAGGUAUCACAGUUAAGAGUUGAAAACUCCUCACUGUUAAGGCGGCUUGCUGAUGUUAAUCAGAAAUACAAUGGUGCUGCCGUUGACAAUAGGGUAUUAAAAGCAGAUGUUGAAACCUUGAGAGCAAAGGUGAAGAUGGCAGAGGACUCGGUGAAGCGGGUGACAGGCAUGAGCGCUCUGUUCCCUGCGGGCUCUGACAUGUCGUCCCUCAGCAUGCCCUUCACCGGCUCCCCAUCAGAGGCCACCUCCGACGCGGCCGUCCCGGACGACCUUAGCGCUUACUUCUCCACAAGCGAGGCCGGAGGUAACAACGGAUACAUGCCCGAGAUGGCCUCCUCGGCGCAAGAGGAUGACAAUUUCCUCAAUGAGGCCAUGGAUACCGGCAAGAUGGGCAGACCUGACUCGCUGCAUCGUGUGGCGAGCCUGGAGCACCUCCAGCAGAGGAUGUGUGGCGGACCGGCUUCAUCCGGAUCGACCUCGUAG